ACGGAUUUAAGUGAAAGUGACUGUGGAUGUGGACGAGUGCGCCGAGGCCCUGGACAGCUGCAGUAUGGAUGCCAUCUGUCAGAACACCCUCAAGUCAUACAAAUGCAUCUGCAAAUCAGGAUACAAAGGCGACGGAAAGCACUGUGAAGAUAUCGAUGAGUGUGCCAGUGAAUAUAAUGGAGGAUGCGUUCACGAGUGCAUCAACAUCCCCGGAAACUACAGAUGCACGUGCUACGACGGCUUUCGCUUGGCCCACGAUGGACACAACUGCCUGGAUGUUGACGAGUGCGCGGAAGGAAACGGCGGAUGCCAGCAGGUCUGUGUUAACAUGAUGGGGAGUUACGAGUGUCGGUGCCGUGACGGAUUUCUCCUGUCCGACAACCAGCACACCUGCAUCCAGAGACCCAAAGUGCGUUUUAAUGGAACUAAAGAAGUGCCCACCUGCAUGGAUAAAAAUCACGGCUGUGCCCACAUUUGCAGAGAGACACCCAAAGGAGGCAUCGCCUGUGAGUGCAGACCUGGAUUUCAGCUCACCAAGAACAACCGAGACUGUAAAUUGACGUGUAACUAUGGUAACGGUGGUUGUCAGCACAUCUGUGAGGAGAUGGACCAUGGGCCCAGGUGUUCGUGUCACAUGAAGUUUGCGCUUCACUCUGAUGGGAAGACCUGUGUAGAGGAACGAAGUACCCCUCAUCAGCCACUGCAGCCAGAGCUGUUACCCAAUGAGACGUGUGCAGUUAAUAACGGAGGCUGUGACAGCACGUGUCAUGAUGCCGUGACUGGAGUUCGCUGCAGCUGCCCGGUGGGAUUCACCUUACAGUUGGACCGCAAGACCUGCAAAGACAUUGACGAAUGCCGCAUGAACAACGCCGGGUGUGACCAUGUGUGCAGAAACACGGUUGGCAGCUUUGAAUGCAGCUGCAAGAAAGGAUACAAACUUCUGACCAAUGAGAGGACGUGCCAAGAUAUAGAUGAGUGUUCAUUUGACCGGGCAUGUGACCACACAUGUGUGAACUCACCUGGAAGUUUCCAGUGCUACUGCCACAAAGGUUACGUCAUCUACGGCGUGGCUCACUGUGGAGAUAUUGAUGAGUGCAGCAUUAAUCAGGGUGGCUGUAAAUUCGGAUGCGUGAACACUCUGGGCAGUUACGAGUGUACCUGCGCUCCUGGUUACAAACUGCACUGGAACAGGAAGGACUGUGUCGAGAUCGUGAAAUGUACAUCCAGUCUGGUGGCCCCCAAAGCCACCCUUACUUGCAGUAAAAUGGGGAAAAAAGAGAGCUGCUCUCUCACGUGUGCAUCCAAAGCACAUUACCUAUCAGAAUCAGACAACAGCUAUUCUGUCAGCUGUGGAAUACCCAUUCUACGAGGUAAAUCUCAGAGCAGAUUAAAUGCAAGCAGCAUCCAGAGCUGCAUAGAGACUCAGGCUCCUCCAGUGAAGCAGACGGUGUCCUUCCGGAUCAAGAAUGCCAAAUGCCACCUGCACCCAAAGCAUAAAGGGAGGGCAGAGGACAACGGCAGACAGAUCGGGCCAGGUGGCCAACCGUGCAACAACUGCCUGGUCACGUUCGUUAACCUGAAGUGCGACUCGUCUAAGAAGGCCAAAGGUCGUCGGGCACGUAACCCAUCAAGCAAAGAGGUCACGCGCAUCACUCUGGAGCUGGAGGCUGAGGUCAAGCCAGGAGACGCCACUGGGAACUGUAACAUGAUGUGUCAAAGGCAGCGCAUGGAGCAGCAGAUGAAGUCAUACAUUAAAGCCCUGAAAAAAUCCAUUAACCAGGAGCGUUUCCUCAUCCGUGUGGCUGGAUUGGAGUACGAGGUGGCACAGAAGAUCCCACAAGCUGGACUGAGGCAGGAGAACUGUGGACCGGGCAGAGAAAAAGACAGCGGCCGCUGUGUCAGAUGUUUGCCUGGGUCAUACUACCAUGGUGAGCAGGAACGCUGCGCCCAGUGCCCACCUGGAACAUUCCAGGAACGUGAAGGUCAGCUGGCCUGUGACCUUUGUCCUGGAGGAGACCGCCAUGGCCCAGUAGGGGCCCGCAACAUCACGUCAUGUGCAGGUCAAUGUCCGCCUGGUUAUUUCUCCAGCGACGGGUUCAAGCCCUGUCAGCCGUGUCCGGUGGGAACGUACCAGCCCGACCCAGGACGAACACUCUGUUUCCCCUGUGGAGGUGGGCUCGGUACCAAAAGAGAGGGCGCCAGCUCCUUUAAUGACUGUGAGGUCAAAGUGUUGUGUUCUCCAGGUCACUAUUAUAACACCUCAGUUCAUCGUUGCAUCCGCUGUCCUCAUGGAACCUACCAGGCUGAGUUCAGACAAAACUACUGCAUUUCCUGUCCUGGAAACACCACCACAGACUUCGACGGGGCCAUCAGUGUGUCUCAAUGCAAGAAUCGGGAAUGUGGGGGUGAAAUAGGCGAGUUCAUCGGGUACAUCGAGUCCCCCAACUAUCCAGGAAACUACCCAGCCAAUGUAGAGUGUAUCUGGACGAUCAACCCUCCACACAAACGCAAGAUUCUGAUCGUGGUUCCAGAGAUCUUCCUCCCGUCUGAGGAUGAGUGUGGAGAUGUCCUAGUAAUGAGGAAGAACGGGUCAGCGACCUCUAUCACCACUUAUGAAACAUGUCAGACGUAUGAGAGACCGAUUGCAUUUACAGCCCGAUCGCGCCGCCUCUGGAUCAACUUCAAAUCCAACGAUGUAAACAGCGCUCGCGGAUUCCAGAUUCCAUACGUCACUUACGAUGAAGACUAUGAGCAACUGGUUGAAGACAUUGUAAGAGAUGGAAGACUUUACGCCUCUGAAAACCAUCAAGAAAUACUUAAGGAUAAAAAACUGAUUAAAACUCUGUUCGACGUGCUGGCUCACCCAAACAAUUACUACAAGUACUCAACUCGGGACUCCACAGAGAUGCUCCCGCGUUCCUUCAUACGCCUCAUCCACAGCAAAGUCUCCGCCUUCCUGCGUCCGUACAAAUAGUCUAAAGCGCCAUCUGCCUCCACACAACUCCUGUCACCUGGCCUCGAGUCAACGGGAUCCUACACACACAUUUAAAGGAAAUAUACACACACACACACAUUUUCAACGGCACACACACAACCACUCUAUGCAGAUGUUUCACUUUACCUUUUUCUUUUCUUUUUCUUGUCAGUCAUCUCUGAGGGGGAAAAAAAGCUUCCGUGUAGUCUACAUGUAACGCAGUCGUAUCCAGCCAAACUGAAGUGUUUCUUUUCUCUACGUGUCGGUCACCGUUCUGUAAUGUGUCGAUGUUUUUUUUUUUUGUUCGGUGGUUUGCACGCUCAGUCCUGAGGCGUCCCGUAGAGGAAGACGAUGGUUUGGGUGGUUCCCACAACCCCCGUUAAGAGCGACGUCUGAGUUUAAACACGCCUGAUUGUGUUGUACAGACUAAAAGUUGUAGCACGUCAAAGAGAAGAAAACCUAUUUGUCGAACUGGAGCUAGCUGUGAUCGUGCUUUAAAAAUAGGCUUUUUUCCCCAAGCUCUAGCUCUCGUAAACUCGUAGUUCUCUAAAUAAAUGUACAAUCUUUUGUAUAGCUGUACUUUUAGUGUGCUCUUGGUAAGAUCUAAUUCAUAUCAAGCAUUUCACAUUGUUAAAGCGUUAUAUUUGAGCUCCUAGAGCAUACAUAUAAUCUCUAAAGGUCAUGCUGUUGAAACAGUAAUGUUUUAUUAAGGUCUGCCUGUUCGGAUGGUAUUAUUGUCAACUGCAUAUUCGUCUAUUUCCUAAUAUUCAAGUUAAUUUAACAUGAGGCAUAAGAGACAUGUGGGUUAUUGGAAAGGCUGGGGUGAUGAAAAGGUAGGUUGGUAUUGUAAAAACUGUUAACACAGUUCUGUGAAGGUUUUUUGCAGGACAUGCAAUUGCUGCUUCUUCAGAAACGUCACUUUAAGCCUUUGGUUUUACCUAAUGCGAUUCAAUAAAUUUCCUACAGAGAAGAGCAGUUGAGGGGCCCAACUCUUUCACAGGUUGGAAGUAAUGUUUUCAUAAUGCAGACACGAAUCACUGAUAAACGUAAACCACAGGUUGACGCGGAUGGAAAAACAGAAAAAUGGCACCGCUCCACAUUUCAGGAUGAAACGAGUGUUUUGAGAUUGUUUUGCACAUUACGUAAGGACCUAAAGAGUAGCAGCGUACGGGUUACAAGUGUUGGGUUUCACCGGACCGUGGUGAGAAGUGCCUGAAGUGCAAAAAGUGUCGGGAUAAACCUGUGGAUGUCUACAUUUAUGAGUGUUUCUUGUAUUAAUUAUGAACCCGUUAGUAUUCCUCAUGAAUGUGUUUAUAGGUAAAGCCCCUCACAUAAAGUGAGAAAAGAACGAGAAGGUCAAACCAUACCCAGUUUUGAUAUGUAAACAGAAAAGGACUGGUCAAAAUGGUAGUUUACUGUUCUCUUUUUUUUUUGUAUAUUGUAAAUAUGAAAUAAACGUAGACUAAUUGGAGCUUGAGAGAUAAGUCCAAACACAAGUUGUUUUCCCGACCUUGUAUUUACCGUUGUGCUAUCCUCAUGUCCAAGGCUGACGCAAAAGAGGGUCCAUUCGAACUUUAAACAUUAUCGCCAGAUACAUACUCUAUGCAAGUAUGCAAACGCUUGGCCAAUGUGUUGCAAACACAUGGUCCCAGUUGUAUAUAAACACGCACUCUUGCAUUCAUGCAGUCUUCGGGACUUAAGGGGGGCGAUAGUUACUUUUUGAAA